UGUAGUAAUAAACACGAGCAGCUCGCGGGUAUGUUUUGUUUUGAUUAUGGAUGGAAACGUCAAGCGAAAACGCGACAGCAAGCAAGCGCUGCGCAUUCACGAAUCAACGGCGUUUUAUCAAUGAAAUAGUGCUUAUUUAGACGAAAACAUUGUUUCAUCGUGAACGUGAUUACAGUCCCGUUAGCAACAUGCCUGCCAGCGCGUAAUUUGUCGAUCGUCGAUCGAUCUACGGCAAUGGCAAAGAAAGAAACGAUUCGUGAACGUCAAGAAAACGAGCUAGAGGUGAUAAAGUCCAUUUUUCACGAUGAAGUUGAAGAUUUGCGGCCGAAGAAUGGGAAGUGGAAGCCUUUGGAGUUACGAUUGCAUCUUACACCGCAAAGAGGAUCUGCUAAGGAGGCAUACGUGAAGGCGGACCUGUACAUCAUCUGCUCUUCAAAGUAUCCAAAGUGCCCACCGAAGCUAGAGCUGAAAAAUGUCGUCGGACUGUCCGACAGCUUGGUACGCGAGUUUACCGAGAAACUCCAACAGCUGGCCGAUGAUCUGAAAGGUGAAGUGAUGAUUUUUGAAUUGGCCAACACAGUUCAAGCCUUCCUGCAUCAGUACAAUGUACCACCGAAGGGUAGCUUCUACGAUGAAAUGCUGGCCAACCAACAGAAGCAAGCACUCGCCCGACAAAACACGUUGCAGGCCGAGGAAAACCUGAAGCGGCAAGCAAUGCAAGACGAGCUGCAGCGACGAAAAAAGGAACUCGAGCGUACGAGAAGGGAAUCGCGCCAGAGCUUAAACGACUCGAGUCCGAUGCAUCGAUUGCAUUCUACCUCUUCAACGGAGAACAGUGAUGGUGCGUUCUGUUUCGAUCAUCGGCGCAGUGAGUUGCUUAACUUUCGCGGUGGUCGGAAAGUGCUUCGGGGCUCGUGUCUGGGACAUUCUCAACGCGGGUGUAUCGCGUACGCCGGCAUUGAUCAGCAAACUGGUGAACUGGUGUACCUUACGGAGUGGACGCUGUAUUACGAUAGUGAACCGAUGGCUGAAAGUAGAACCGUUCGAGGCCGACCGGUGGAAACGGUUGUGGGCGAUAUGGAGCGAUUGAUGGACAGUUUAAUCCCACUGAAACACAAGCAUUUGAUCGCGUACGAAGGCAUCCUGUGUCGGAUGGGCAAAGAAGCUUUGACAUUGUUUGUGGUACAGGAAUUCAUUCUCGGGACAAGCCUGUUCAGUAUUUCUGGUUCUCUCGGUUGGAGCGUUGAGGGCGCAAGUAUGGUCGCUAAAGGAACGCUGGAAGCAUUGAUCUACCUACACAACAAUGGUGUUUCGCACGACAAUCUGUCCGAUUCGACCGUGUUUAUGGACAAUGCGGGAAUGGUGCGUGUUGCCGACUUUCGUUUGAUACCGUACAUUCAGGAGCUGGGAGAAGGCCACCAUUUGCUGCACCAGUCGCUUCGUAGUUCCGAUUUGCCAGCACUGGGAGGGUUAAUUGAAGCCCUUCUUGCACCUCAUUCGGAAAUGAAAGAUUUCGUCGAAAGGUGUAAAUCGGAACGAACUAUCUCGGCAACCGAGCUGCUUGAUCAUCCGUUUUUGCGACCAACACUGAUGCAAACGGAUCACACAACAGCUGUCGGUCAGCAGCAGCUUACAGUGGCAGUGCAGAAAACUCAGCACGGCAACGGACAACGAUCGGAAGCUGGCCAGCAACAUCUCGUGCCAUACAUGCCACUUGUAAUGAAUGGGACCGGUGCCGGACAGGAAAAGUCCCGCAUUCAGACAGAGUUCGAAUUGCUUUCCUAUCUCGGCAAGGGAGCGUACGGAGAUGUGCUGAAAGUGCGUAACAAGCUGGACAACCGUGAAUAUGCGAUCAAACGUAUACGGCUGCCGGCAAGAAGCAAACAAUUUUACAAGAAAAUGAUCCGCGAAGUGGAACUGCUGUCUCGACUAAAUCACGAAAAUGUCGUACGGUACUACAACAGCUGGAUGGAGGCAACGAGCGCAUCGGAAAUAACGGUCACCGAUACGGAUGGAGAAAUGGCUGGUACACUUAGCAGCUGCGAUUGGUCCAUGACAAGCAGACCGAAAAGAAGAACCUCACGUGUCCGCCGAGGCACUGCUGGCACGGAUGUGGUGAAGAAAGCGCUCAGCGAUAAGAAUAUUGAUUGCUUCGUAGACUUCAUGCCCAACGAUUCGAGCAGCGAAGACGACGAUGACGAUACAAAUGAUCUCGAUGAGGAGAGCAGUAGUAGCAGCACUGAUGAGAGCAGUGAUUCCAUCGAGGAUCACCGUAACUUGGGCGAUCAAAGCAUUGACGACAGUUCGGGAGGGAUAGAAUUUGUAGGAUCGAACGGUGAGGCACCUUCGUACAACAGUUACGGUGAAGAUUUGCUGGAACCGAGCGCUGGAGGUGAAAACAAGAAGGUGGCCGCCGUUACGACACACACUCUGCCCGAGGUGCUGUACAUGUACAUCCAGAUGGAGUUUUGUGAGAAGAGCACACUGAGGACGGCGAUCGAUGGCGGCCUGUAUCUGGAUAUAGAUCGCGUUUGGCGCCUUUUCCGUGAAAUCGUGGAGGGUUUAAGCCACAUCCAUCAGCAGGGAAUGAUCCAUCGGGAUCUGAAGCCGGUGAACAUUUUCCUCGAUUCGCGGGAUCAGGUAAAGAUAGGCGAUUUUGGUCUAGCGACAACCAGCAUUCUGGCCCUUCAGAAUCAAGGCCAUCAAAACGCACCAUCCAUCGUGGUAGUGGGAAAUGCACUACCGGGCAAGUCCUCCGACAUUGGUUACUCGCUGACGGGCAAAGUUGGUACUGCAUUGUACGUGGCACCAGAACUAACCGGCAAUGCGUCGCGUUCCACCUACAACCAAAAGGUCGAUCUGUAUUCGCUCGGUAUUAUACUGUUCGAAAUGAGCUCUUCGCCACUAAACACUGGCAUGGAGCGCGUUAAAACGCUGAUGGAUCUUCGCUCGGAAAUGAUUCGAUUGCCCGAAACACUUCUUGCCGAUGCGCGCUACAGUCGACUGGUGCAGGUAAUCCGCUGGCUGUUGAAUCACGAUCCGCAAAAGCGUCCCACCGCGGAAGAACUGCUCUGUUCGGAUCUUGUGCCGCGUACACGUCUCGAAGCCGAGGAAAUACAGGAUGUGGUGAGACACAUCCUUUCGAAUCCUCAAUCACGGCACUACAAACAUCUGAUAGCGCGAUGUUUUGGGCAGGAAAGUGAUCCUGUCUGUGAGCUAAGCUACCAUUUCGACAUGGUACCGAUGGUACCGGUACUGCCACGAUUCGAUUAUGUGAAAGCGAAGCUGGUGGCUCUCUUUCGGAAGCAUGGAGCGAUUGAGAUCGUUACGCCAUUGCUGACGCCAUAUACAAAACAGCACGCUUCCCGGUCGAACACGGUAAAACUUAUGACCCAUUCGGGUAGCGUUGUGACGCUACCAGACGAUCUACGCGUACCGUUUUUGCGGUACAUCGCGCUGAACGGUAUCAAAAACAUCCGUCGCUAUUCGAUCGGGCGUGUGUAUCGCGAAAAAAAGGUAUUCAACUUUCAUCCGAAGCAACUGUACGAGUGCGCAUUCGAUAUUGUAACUCCUAGCCGGGGACACCUCAUUACUGAUGCGGAACUGCUAGCAAUUGCGACGGAUGUAAUGCGAGAGCUGGAUCUGCUUCAAGGGCGAAACGUUUUCUUCCGUCUCAACCACAUAGGACUGUUACGGGCGAUACUCAUUCACUGCAAUGUACCGCCGGACAAGUACCGUGAAUUGUUCGAACUUGUGGCCGAAUUUCUCGAUGAAAAAAUAUCGAAAUUUCAACUUUCGUCACUGAUAAGCGCAUUGAUGGGAGGUGCCACUGCUAAGGUAAACGUUAGCUAUCUAUGUGACGCCCUGCAGUUAGAGCUAUCCUCUGUUAGUCUGCUCGGCGGCAGUAUCCUUAAGAGCAUUAUCCGUGGCAAGGGUGAGGCAGCAAGUUUGGCGAAAGUGGCCGUCCGUGAUCUCGAAACAGUGGUUGCUUCGGCACAAAAUAUGGGUGUACAGUGUCCACUGAAUGUGUGCCCUGGUCUGCCGGUGAAUUAUGAGCGAGCAAAGACGGGUGGAAUUGUUUGGCAGAUGCUGGGUGAGCUCAAGUCGAAGCGUAAAAAUCCUCUGACGACGAUCGCUGUCGGUGGACGGUACGAUGGCAAACUGGGAGAGUUUCAAAAAUCCGGAAUAAACAACGGUCUGCAAGUGCCGAAAGUGGAUCUAAGCGGUGCCGGAUUUUCCUUCCUGCUCGAUAAGCUUGUUAAUGCAAUUGCUCCUACGGCCGGGUAUGAACCGAUCGAGGUGAUGAUUUGUGUGACCGGAUCUCGACCGCAGCUUAAAGAGGUCGCCCAGAUCCUGCGACCCCUCUGGUCGAAUGGUAUCAAAACGUGCGUGAUGGAAACGAGUGCUGGUGCGGUGGAUGAUCUCGGCAAGGAAGCAGGUGCCAAUGUGGUCGUACUGCUAGGCGACGGUGGAGAACUACGUGUGCGUUCGUGGAAUCAUGAUCGCUUUCAAGAACGGCAUGUUACCCGUCCAGAUUUAAUGGCAUACAUUCUGCGUACGUUCCGUCGGUCGGAUGUGACCACGGGCGAAAUUUGCCAAACGCUGCAAACCACCUCCCUCGGUGGGUCUUCAACGUCUGCGUCCUUUUCUUAUUCAUCGUCGUUUACGGCCACCUCCACGUCCGCUUCGAUGAAGCUCAGUUCAGCUGCGUCAGCGGCCGCCAGUCAACAGCAACCGAUCAACAACUCUCCAGCAAUCGAUCUCGUGUUUCUUACGAGCGAGAAGGUUAACACGAGUAAAAAGCGCCGCUACGAGCAUCAGGUUGAGCAUAAGCUAUCACCCGUCCUGUCAAAGUUUCAUCGCAAGGAAAAGGUCACGCUCAUUAUGGUGGAUUUGCCAAGUGCACCACUGCGAGGGCUAGUGGGUUUGAUUGAUCCCCUCGAGUGUGGAUCCCAGGAGGACGAUGAUUUGAUGCCCGGGGCCACCAGCGAUCGCAUGGAGCUACAAAGCCUAUGUGAACGGUAUCCCAAGUACAAGCGGCAGCUGAUGGAAAUCUACAAUGAGAUUGUGGACCUUUUCGCCCAAAGCAAGGGAACGACACCGAUCGUCGGAUUGUACAGUGUUAUCGAUACAUUCUGCCGGUUGAUCCUGUGAGGGAAGCAGAUGUUUACGCCACGUUUUACAGUGUGGCUUUUUAUAUGAAUCAUUGUUUUAGAUGUAAUCGUGUAAAAAGCGAUAAAGCGUAUAUAGAUCGUUAUUAUAUAUAAAAUGAACAAACAUUGUAUUUUCCAUUCAA